ACUUUCAUAAACCCCUCUCGGUCUUUAGAAAAUCCAACCCACCCACCUCCUUCCCUCCCCUCUCUCUCUGUUCAUAACGUCACCCACUGGAAAACCCUCCUCUUCCCAGUUGGAAAGCGACUAACCCCCAUCUCUCCUUCCCUCUCCACUCGUAUAUAUACACACUCUGUUCCUUCCCCCUUUGCUCACUAAAUUGAUACUAUCAAACACCCAUCACGGCAGCAGAGGGAAAAUGCCUGUGAAUCCUCCCAAGUCAUCGCUCUUGCUUCACAGAAUCAACAACACCACCCCCAACACUAACUCCACCACCACUACGACGACAGCGACCGCUGAUAAUUCCUCCAUGUUUUGCCAAAAGCGGUAUCCUUUGACAUGCACCACGCCCGUCCCUGACACCGUUGCUCGUCACCACACUCACCCUGUUGGCCCCAACCAGUGCUGUUCAGCCGUCGUCCAGCAGAUCGCUGCUCCCGUCUCCACUGUUUGGUCCGUGGUCCGCCGCUUCGAUAACCCCCAGGCUUACAAGCACUUCGUCAAGAGCUGUCACGUCAUCGUUGGGGAUGGUGAGGUUGGUACCCUCCGUGAAAUCCACGUCAUCUCGGGACUCCCCGCGGGCAGGAGCACCGAACGGCUGGAGAUCCUUGACGACGAGCGUCACGUUCUCAGCUUCAGCGUCGUCGGUGGAGACCAUCGACUAGCCAACUACAGGUCGGUGACGACCCUCCAUCCUUCGACAGCCGGGAACGGAACGGUGGUGGUGGAAUCGUACGUGGUCGACGUACCGCCGGGGAACACCAAAGAUGACACGUGUGUGUUCGUGGACACCAUCGUUCGGUGCAACCUGCAGUCACUGGCUCAGAUCGCAGAGAAUCUAGCCAGGCGCAAAUAGCAAACAAGGAAAAGGCAGCCAUUUUCGUGAGUGAAACUCUUCUUCAGGGUAGAUUACUUUCUCUCUCCCUCCAUGUUUUUAGUAAAAAGAAAAUGUCUUUGGUGAUACGCCGUCGUUUUUGUGAGUAUCCGAUGUUGGGUUGCCGAUGGAACAUCUCAUCACUGCCAAGGUCAUGUUUAUCGAUUCACCUGAUGAUCCGCAUCUUUUGUUCUUUUUUCCUUUCUUUCUUUUAAUAUCUGUGAAAUACUAUUAAUAAAUACACAUACCACUUCAUUGUUAAAAAAUAUAUAUUAGCUUCCACAAUUUUCUGUCGUCA